AAGCAAUUACUGGGAUGUUUGCCGCAGCGCUACACCACGAUCUCUUCCAGUUCGAAGCCGCUCCUCGGCACCCUUCCAGGGGGAGGAGUCCUCCCUCUUGCCGAUGACACGGUCUCCACAGCAACCCCCCCUACCCCGGGCACCGGCCCGUUGCGCCGUGGGACCGCGGCCAUUCCGCCCGCACCGGGAGCUGUAAUGCCAGGAGGCGAGAACGGUUUGGUAGACGGAGCGAAGAAAACGCACCCUAAGCACACUUUGAGUUAAAAAUGGAGAACUCCUUUGUGGAAGAAGUGGCUGCAUCACUCAUCAGAGAAUUUCUCAGUAGAAAGGGUUUGAAGAAAACCAUCACCACCAUGGACCAAGAGCUUCCACGUUCUGAACUUAGCAUCAAUAACAGGAACGAACUUCGGAAUGUCCUGCAUUUGCACUCCUUGUACAAACACAACAAGGCAAAGGAGAACCCACUGAAAACACUUCUUGAAAUUAUUACUAACUACUUCCUUGAGCACCGUGGGACUUCCCGAAGCAUCAGUUCGAGUUCUGCUCUGUCAGCCCCUCAAAGUAAGAGCUCAACAUCCCACCAACCCAACUUAUCAGACGAGGAUCACGUGUGUGGGAGUGCUACUACACUCGAUGAAAGCAGAACUCAAGCCCACAGAUAUAAUGUUGAGAAUUCACUAGAUAAAAUCUUUCCAUCCAGAAAACAUCAACACAAAAGUGAAAAAUGCCCCACAGGGGCAGUACACAACAGUCAGUUACUCUCUGAUGGGGAUAAGAAGUUACAAGAUAGUCGAGAAGAUUUAAAAGCAGCAACGGUUUCUGAAGAGCUGAAAUCCACAGUGAAGGAGAAGCCAAGGCCCAGGUCUAGUAUCAUUGUCAGAGGAAUGAUGGCCGGACCAAUAGCAAGUUCACCAGAGGAUCUGCAAAAAAGGAGGCUUUCAAAACGAUCCACUAGCAUAAGCAGCACAGCACAGUUCAAGGCUGAAGAACAUGAAGGAAAUGACCUGAGUGUCCCAGGUACUGAUUUUCAAGAAAGCAAAGGAUCUUCAGCACAAGUAAAUACAGGGUUCACAUCAAAGGCUAUGUCAAGUUUACACACAAGUUCAGCCUUUGAAAAACUAAGAACCAUUCCCAAAGAUACAGAUGACUCUUUUGCCAGUGUGCUCACUGAAAGAGAGAGGACCAAGACAGAAGAAAGAAAAUCACUUCCAAGCUUUGGUACAGACAGCAAUGAGAAAAGCCUUAAAGUGAGUGCCCCUCACAGACAUUCAGGGGCUGGAAGAGAGAAGAGAGAAAGAUUCUUCAAGAAAAAUGAGAGUCGGUUGUCAAGCCAUAGGAGGUCUCCGACAUCUACUUGCUGUAAAGAAGACCAGAUGAAAGAUGUCCUAGAAUUAGUUGAUGUUGAGGCUGAAGAAACAACUGGAGAAGUUAUUAAAAACCCGGAUCUUUCAACACUGUAUAUGCUCCAAGUAGUAUCAAAGGCAAUUGAUAUUUCUCUUGCAAAAGAGUUAAAAAAUCUUUUGUUUGGCUCUAGUCUUUGUUGCUUCAGUGAAGAAUGGAAAAUACAGAAUUUUACAUUUAAUAACAUACCACAGUUAAAAUAUGGCAUUGUGCAAAAAAAGGGUGGCCCAUGUGGAGUACUGGCUGCAGUUCAAGCUUGUGUCCUACAACGGCUUAUUUUUGCAGACAGUAAUAGGAAUAAAGACAUUCGUUGUCUUCAACCAUCAGAAGUUCACAGGACCAAAUGCCUUACCAUGGCAAUUGCAGACAUAUUGUGGCGUGCAGGAGGCAAUGAAAAAGCAAUUGUAGCACUGCCAUCAGGAAGACAGCAGUUCAUUCCCAUAGGAAAAUACAAGGCAGAUGGAAUCUUAGAAACUCUAAUACUACAUAGUGCCACAAGAUAUGAAGAUCUGGUUGUUUUUCUUCAGCAGAAUAUUCACCAGUUUGAAACUGGUCCCUGUGGGUGCAUCCUUCUGACUGUGUCUGUCAUCUUAUCAAGAUCUAUCAAUCUGGUGCGCAAUGAUUUUGACGUGCUUACAAACCGGUUGAUUGGAAGCCAUGGCUAUUGUACUCAGGAAUUGGUGAACUUGCUUUUGACUGGAAAAGCUGUGUCCAAUGUUUUCAACAAUGUGAUAGAGCUGGACUCUGGAAAUGGCAAUAUCACAAUUUUGAAAGGUAUCACAAGCCGCAGUGAUAUUGGUUUGCUGUCGCUCUUUGAGCACUAUGAUGUUUGUCAGGUUGGUUGUUACUUGAAGACCCCUAAAUACCCAAUUUGGUUGGUGUGCAGUGAAAGCCACUUCAGUGUGCUUUUUAGUUUGGAAAAGGAUUUACAAGGUGACUGGAAAACAGAGCGGAAAUUUGAUCUAUAUUAUUAUGAUGGCUUGGCUAACCAGGAAGAAGAAAUACGGUUAACAGUUGACACAACUCAGAUGUGUGCUGAAGAUAAAGAAAAUGAUCUUACUCCUCCACUUGAGCACUGCAUUAGGACAAAGUGGCAAGGAGCUGUUAUUGACUGGAAUGGCACAGAACCAAUCUUGUGACUGACCUGACCUGCACUUUAUUUGUAAAGACAGAAAGGAAAUGACUGAAUUAGCACAUACCUACAGGAAAUAGGACAAGACUUGUGCGGUUUACGAUGAGGAAGAAUGGCAUGGUUAGAAGGCUGGAAGAGUUUCACCUCAGUCACCUCAUGCUUCAGAUAUUUUCUUAUAAUAUAAACAACACUUACGUAAAUUCCUUGUCGCUGUCUUUAACAUACAGCUUCUGAGAGUUGACUGUUUCCACCACAAAGUCAAGGUUACAGAUGAAGCAGUGAAGUCAAUGUCCCCUUGAGGUCUCUUUCUGGAUCCACUCUGUAUCCUGCAAUUGUUUCAAAGGAUCUGAUGGAAGAUGCUGAACCCAGAUUUGUCAGUGUAUAUGCCUUCUCACCUACAAAACUCCAGUGCAAGAAUAAAGUAUCCAAGAAACAUGUACUCGCUUCUUUACCUGAUUGAUAGUAGUAAGUCUCCUUUUGCACUAAACACAUUGAUAACCAUAUGGGCUUUUCAGAUAAAGCCUGACAUAUACAAAGUUCUUGUUGUGUCAUAAAAUUUACAGUAAGGAUUACGGUUUUGUGUUUCCAGAAUAGUAACACUAUUACGUUCCUUACACUGUGUGCAAUCAGUGUGUAACAGUGCCUCACACUGAUGUAGCUUAUUUUUCUUUCUGGAUGAGAGAUAGCUGUAUCAGUAUCUUUAUAUUUAUACCAUUGUAAUUACUUUAUACACCAGAGUUUAUUUACACCAAAUAGAAAAGUUCUGUGGUUUGUUUCUUUGUAAGUACAAAAAACCCCAGAAGAACUGUUAGGUUUGAAACUUAAAUGGUGCCUACCUGUGAUAGAUACUGUUUUUCAUGAUUAAAUAAAGUGCAUGUACUGAAAUGAUGUACUGUGGAGAUGUAUCACGAGGUACUGAAUCAGCAGUUUGUAUUCUGACUUGAAUUCUUUAAGCAACAUAUUUUGGCAACACUUUGCCAAAAUUGGAACAACUUACUGAACUGAAGACUGGAAAAAAUGCCUUGGAAAAACAGGCAGAUAGAUGAUUUUUCUAGAAUUAUUCCUUUCUCUUGAGAGUCAGUAUUUCAUGAGAGUUUAAUAAAGAACUUGCUUUUGGAUAUUUAUGAUAACACCUUCUUCCUAGUAAGUAUGCAGACUCCUCUGAGACCUGAUAAACUAGUUGCUCUUCCUAAAAUCAAUUUCCAACAAAAAUGCAAUGUCCUACUGUGUGCAGUAUGAAAAUACCAAACUGACUUUGCAAAUACAGAUCUUGGGGAAUUAGCAUUUGAGCUAGAUUUGGAAACCAACCUGAAUAUAAGACGUAAUGGAAUACCAGAAAGGUUUAGGUAGCCUUUGAAAGAAUACUGGUCUUCCCUUUGGCUUACCAUUCAUAUCAAAAUGCCUAUAUGCAGUAAAGCACCUCAGACAUUCAGUUAUUUUAGUUGUAUUUAAUUCAGUGUAAUGUAAUUGGUUUAGAUCAGAUAGGCAAACUUUAAAUUUUGUGGAAUUAAGAUCUGCCAUUCAGCCUUUGCAGCAUAGGCAGCAUUGGAUCUGAGCUCAUUCCUGACUGUACUAUAUGGGCGUUACUUUGCAUUUAGUAAACCCUUUCAUCUUUGUAUAUAUAGGGAUAUGUUUGUACUGUCAGCUGUGGGUGGACUCAAUACUGCCUUCAAGAUACACUCAUCAUCCAUACUUAAAGCUGUCUUUUAUCAGGAAGAGCUUGCCUCAGUGCAAGCUUUAGUGUUUCUGGGAGUGGAAAUCCCAAACAGUCAAAGAUCCCAAAUCCAAAGCCUUUGUUGCUCUUGAAAUUUCUAUGAACUGUAGUCCACACUUUAGUGUGAUUUUCUCGCCUACCUCACAGGGCAUCUAUAAUGUAAAAUAAGAUCUUUUAAAGAGUGCAUUUGGACAGGAAAUAGUGUAGACAUGAAUAAUGGAAGAUUUUUGGAACCAGCUUUAACAAAAAAUUCCUUUCUGAAUUUUCCAGUCUAGUAAACAUACACCAUUUAAUUUAAAACAUUGCUUUAAACUAUGUCAGUUUGGAGAUAAUGUUCCACUCCCUGAUAGAAGAUCAGUAUUCAUCUGGGGAAGGAGGGAGCUGCCUUGUGACAGGCCAGAUUUCAUCUGACUGAAAUAUGUCUACAGUGCAGUUGUGUUCAGAGUAGCUGUUCUUUGUUCUGGGGAGGGGAGAUAUCAGGGUGUGAUGUAUCUUUGCUUUAGGAUGAGAAGAACUAUAGUCCAGACUGUAGGAUGAUGAGUAUAAAAAGAGCCUAAGAGGACUGCUCCAAAUGGAUUUCACCCAUGAAGACGUAAGGAUUUUUUGGAGUGCAGAAAGAGUACAGAUUAGUGAAUAGAGCUUGGAAAUAAACUGUGGUUUAUGGCUAAUCCUAGAGGGUAAAUGAAGAUGAGGGGAAGCCCUGAACUCUGUCCCUCUUUCUAAAACAGUUUGCAAAGAAUUCAGAGGCUCCUUCAUCACUGGUUAUGGAGAGAUUUUUGGUGAAACUUAAUUUCUGUGACAACAGAACCUCAGUGAGACAGAUCUUUCUUGCCUGUUCGCUGUCAGUGUGUCCAUGUAUAUUUGUUCUGCAAAGUCCACUGUUCACCUGUCAUCUGUUUAAGAUGAACUAACUCCAUAUUCACCUGUGUCCUCACUCACAAAGGAAGAAAUAAAGCACUUGCACUACUUCACCAAACUACCACCUGUGUAGGAAAAUUCCAUCAAGCUGGAGCACUGAGAACCUCAGCACUGAUAAGCUUCUUCCACCAUCCUUGCUUCUGGAACCUAAACCAGUAUCUUCCUUCACCAGGGUUCAGUGCCAGUGUCUGUACUAGGCAAGAGAGAUGGCUUUUCAAAUUUACUAGGGCAUCCUUCCAUUAUGAAGAAAUGUGCAACCAGAACAUUAAUUUAGAUCAAGUUCUUCUCAGAAAUAUGAUAGAUCAUUACCUCAGUCACUGUCUGCCUCAAGAAGAAGACUUGCAUAUUUGUAUUCAAUAUAAAGCACCAGAAGUUAUUUCCCUUAAGACAUUUACAGGGCUUUUUGGGGUCAAUCAUACAAGUCAAUGCAAUAUGUUAUGUGGCAAUGCAGAAACCUUUGCACAGAUCCGUGUAGAAUCAUAUCCUGUUAUAGCAGUGUACAUCUAUUUUCUUUAAUUAUGUUUUCCUCUGCAUUGUUUCUCAUUUUCUUUUUCAUUGCUCAAUGAAUGUGACUUCCUGAAAUGAACAAAACAGCAACUGUUUGACAACUGAGCAUUAAAAGACACCUAUGACAUUGA